AUGGGAUCGGGAACUUCUCGCGAGAGCGUAAUCGAUUCCGAAUAUUGGGAAGCAGAAUCUCAGCGAAUUCUACGAACCACCACGAACACCUACAAAAUCGAAAUGAUUUGCUCCCUGAUUCCAUUUAAGGAUGAAAAAGCCUUGUUCAAAGUGUUAGAGGCACGAUCAGAUCUGGACACACUCUUUGCACACUAUUGCGGAUCGGGCGAGCAAACUGUCGACCUCUCACGAACAAACAAUGAAAAAGCCGCCGAGAUCUGGCGAGUGCUUCGAUACCCACCAGGAUACGGUGUCUCUUGGGACUGGAAUUGGGAAAUGCCGCUGACCGGUGAUCCUGGUGAAAUUGCGAAUGAAUUCCAUGCGGCCGUCUGUCGUGCUGUCUUCCGGAUCCCCUUACUCGACUUCGUAAGAUGUGCGUUUAGGUAUAACAGCAAGGCAAUUUCUAUACAAUUCUUACUCGAUGCUGUAUGCAGAGUACGCGAUAGUCUUCGGCAAGCAUUUCAAAAUCACUCCGAAAGAAAGGACCUUUUUAUUAAAGUUCAGAGGGUGAGCAAGCAUCAUUCUACGGAGAUUCCUGUAUUGAUAUAAUAGGUAUUACAACAGCGAUACCACCCACUAGCCUACUGGAUCAUUGCUAGCAGCCUGCAUGACACAACAGAUGCCCCAUACGAUGCCUUGGCCGCGACUAUCAACCAAACCAAGACAUGCUUCACGAAACGCAAUUUAGAUUCUGUGCUUGAUCGACUCAUGGCUCUUGAUCGGCGGUUUAAACACAUCAACGAAAAUUACAACUGGGACAAGUGGUCGACUAAUCUUGAGCUUUGGAAGUGCACUAGUCAGGCAUUAUGGACAGGAACUCUGACUAUACCAACCAUGCCUCCAGAUAUGCUGUCCGAGGACCAGGAGGAGAUAUUGUCUUUUCUUAGAGACCUUGAAUCGACACUCAGGGGCCAGGUUCGCAAAAUGUUGUCCUUUCUGAAGAGACCCGGGAAGUUGUGGCAUCAGAGGAUAGGUUGUUUCCCGAGGUGGAAAGACAUGUUCUGUAACGAAUCUGAAGAUCUAUAA